GGCCUGCAUAAGGAAGAAAUUUUAUUUUGAUUGCUUUGAUUUGUUUUCAUACUUUCAACCAUAUAUCAAAUAUAUAAUGUGUGGAAUUUUUUGUGGUAUAAAUUGUAAAAUUGAAACGAAACACGAACUGGUACAUUUUUUACGAAGACGUGGUCCAGAUUAUUUUUCUUUCCUCAACAUAAAUGUUGACAAUGUCUCUUUGGAGUUUGGUAGUUCCGUACUUUGGCAUCAAGGGAUGAGUCUGUGCUCACAACCCUUGCAAGAAGGAAAUUUUAUCAUACUUUUUAAUGGCGACAUCUUUAAUAUUACUGAUAAGUCACACGCUGCUUCUGAUACGGAAUGGUUGGGAAAAAAGUUUUCGAUUUGCAAAGACGAUAGAGAAAUGUGCGAUUUAAUACAAUCUAUGGAGGGAUCUUUCAGCCUAAUAGUUUUUAACAAAUGUUCCCGUUCUCUAUAUAUAUGUAGAGAUUCGAUGGGUCGCAAUUCUCUUAUAAUUGAAAAGGAAUUUGGAAAUCUUUGUUUCCUCAGUACUUCACGUAAUUUUGGCGCAAGUAGAAAAUACUCAAUGGAAUUGCCUCCUCUGGGGUUAUACAUGUUUGAUGUUGCUUUUCCGACAGAGUGGAAGCUUUUUCCUUGGAAACAAACUACUGAUGUAAUUUCUGAUGAAAUAAAGAACUUGAAUAAUAUUUUUGGAUUAACAGUAUCCAUUGCAGACAAUUUAACCCCAAAUUGGCUAAGAAGCAAUUUAAAAUUAAAGAGAUCUUUUAAUUUCUACGAAAUCUGUGCAAACCUGGAUUCCUCCUCGAAUGAUUUAUUUGAAGCUUUAUUGGAGGAUCAAAACUUAGUUUUUGAGCUUCAGCAGUUUUCCAUUUUGCUCGAAAACUCUGUAAAAAAUCGUGUUCGCCACACUACACCAUAUUGUAUGGAUUGUAUACAUAAUGGUAGUAAUUGCAAUCAUGCUAAGAUUGCAAUCCUUUUUUCUGGAGGCAUUGACUGCUCAAUUCUGGCAGCUUUAUCAAAUAAAUAUGUAAAUGAAAAUGAUCCAAUUGAUCUUAUAAAUGUUGCCUUUGAAAAACUAGGGACUUCUGGAGAAGUAAAGUGGGACGUGCCGGAUAGAUAUUCUGCCAAAGCUUCUCUCUUGGAAUUGAAAAACUUGUAUCCUCAACGGAUGUGGAACUACGUUGAGGUUAACAUAUCACGAGAAGAGCUAUAUGAUAAUUUACAAACUCAUAUUAAACAUCUUAUAUUUCCAUUAAAUACGAUUUUAGAUGAGUCUAUUGGCUGUGCAUUUUGGUUUGCUUCCCGUGGCAAAGGUAUAUGCUUAGGAAAGGAAUAUAUUUCACCUGCAAGAGUUGUUAUAGUCGGAAGUGGUGCUGAUGAACUUUUUGGAGGAUACAUGAGGCACAGAAAGGCAUUUUGUCGCUAUGAAGGAAAUGAAACCCAGAAACUGGCAAACCUUCGUAAAGAAUUAGAACACGAUUGGGGCCGAAUUUGGAAACGUAAUUUAGGCCGAGAUGAUAGAGUUGUAGCCGACAAUGGUAAAACAUUAAGAGCGCCUUUUAUUGAAGAAAAUCUGGUUCAAUACAUUCGUUCAUUUUCACCCUGUCAGCUUUGUUGUUUUCUGUUAAAAGAAGGCAUUGGUGAUAAAUUAUUUUUGAGGUUAUAUGGUUUUCAGCUAGGUUUAAAAAACUUAGCUAAAUUAAAGAAGAGGGCAAUCCAAUUUGGAUCAAAAAUAGCUAACAAAAAGCAAAAAGCAACUGAUCGAUCUAUGUACUUGUAAUUGACCCUUUGGUUUAUGAUUUUUUAUGCAACAUAGACAAUAAAAUAGUGACUAAAUAAUAAAUGAUUUAUUUCAUUUCAAAUUA